GUAGCCUUCCGGAAUCUCUAUGCCCAUCUACAGCGUCACCGCCCUCUGUUUCUCUCUACCGAAUGAAUCAAUUCCCUUCUCCAUUGAAACGCAGCAAGAUAUUUUCCUAGAAACGUUACGCCCGUUUCUCUAAAUCUGGAGAGCAUCUUCUUUGGUCACAGAGACAGAGAGAAUGGAAGGGAAUGUCCACCAAGCGCCACCGCUUAGGUCGUCUGAUCCGACAAUCGUGCAGUGUUGUGGAAGGACGGAGAUUCGAACCACCUCCGAUCUCUCCAGGAUCACCAAUCACAAUUGUGGACGUUUCGUUGGUGACGAGAAGGUGAUAGAGCCAAUGUUGACACAGUGGACAGAUGAGAAGCACAGAUUGUACCUCAAUUUUAUGGAAGCAUUGUUUGUUAAGGACUUGUAUAACCACAAGUAUGAUUCAAUGGACACUCUUGGUUUGCACCCACAGAAAGAAAACCCAUCAGAUCACAACACUUCAUUAUAUUCAAGUGCUAACACACCUACUGGCCAGUUCAACGUUCUUCGAGAUGGCUCCUGGCAGAAGCUCAAUUUCGAAAGAGCUCAACCUCAGUCAGGGAAUGCAGGUAAGUCCCAUGUACUUCUGGAAAAUUCAUGGAUUCAACAUUUCCGAUCUGCUGGAAAGUCCCCAGAAGUUGUGUCAGCCACUCCAAAAGAAAAUAGUUCAUUGCAUAGUCACACAUUCCACUUAAGAGGCAAGAAAGCGGCAUCUUCUGGAGAAGCAACAAGCUCAAAGCAGCUCUCACCAUGCCAGUUUGACAUGUUUCAUCGAGAAUAUGUUGGGAACAGCACAGAAGUAUCUGAUCAGAACUUUGUAGAUGAAGUCACAGAAGAAGAAAACCUCAGUGGUCCAUGCAGGACGAAAAGGAUGAAGACAGGGAUUGCUGAUGUUUCAAGGAGAGAUCAAUGUUGUUAUUUCAGGUUGUUCCAUUUGGGGAAUCUUAUAGAUAAUGGAUCCCAAUGAGAACUGUUCUCUGAAAAAAGAACAAAUUCAUGGUGAUUACAGUGAGGAAACAUGGAUGGAUUACUGUGCUAAAAGUCCUGGCAUUAAUUGAGCGUGAGGUAGUGACAACUGGUGACUGAAGUUUGGAAAAGUUAGAAAAUGGAUGAAAAUGACCGGAAUUGGUAGCAUUACCUGGUUGAGAGAUAAAGGUAGGAGAUAAAAGCGUCAUGGAGGAAUACCGUGCAGAGUAGUAAGCUUUUUUGUAAAUAUUGGGUUAUAUAUAAUAUUUCUUUACCAGUAUAUUAGAUGGAGAAGUAGAGCUAUGGGUAAACAUAGCGACACUAUUAAACAAUGUUAGUUCACCAUAUCUAAGACGAAAUGUUUCAGAAUAUUCUCAGUAAGGUGUACUGAUGUACAGCUUCAGUUUUGCAUUGUAUGAACGCUGUUUAGUGGGGUUGAAUUUAAUGUGAAUAACAAAGAUUAAUUGCUUUCCCUUUUCAUCA